ACCAGGAAGGAGUUACUGCCCUUAUGAGAAGGCAAUACAAUCCGCCGCUGGUUUGCUGAACGCAGGGAUCUUGAUGGGGUGUAGGAGCGAAGGAGAGAGUGGAAGUAAGCCGGUGCAGAUCCAGUGAUAGUCCUGUAGGCAAGCAUUAGUGACUUGAAUCUGAUACGGGCUGCAACCGGUAGCCAGUGAAGAGAGAUGAAAAGGGGUGUCACGUGAGCCCUUUUGGGCUGUUGUUGCUGCGUUCUGAACCAGCUGAAGUGGUUUGAUAGCCUUUGCAGGAAGACCAGCAAGGAGAGCAUUGCAGUAGUCCAACCUUGAGAUUACCAGGGCCUGGACAAGGAGUUGUGCCGCAUGCUCCGUGAGAUAUGGUCUGAUCUUUCUAAUGUUGAAUAAGGCAUAUCGGCAUGACCGUGUUGUCUUUGCAAUGUGAUCAUUGAAGGAGAGCUGUUCAUCAAAUAUGACUCUGAGGUUCCUGGCUGUUUUGGAAUGGGUGAUUGUGGUAUUGCCAAGAUGGAUGUUGAAAUCGUGUUGGACCGUAGGGUGUGCCGGAAACACGAGUAGUUCGGUCUUGGCAGGGUUCAGCUGGAGGUGAUGGUCUUUCAUCCGAGCUGAGAUGUCCUCGAGGCAGGCUGUAAUGCGAGCUGCUACAGUGGUAUCGUCUGGGUGAAACGAGAUGUAGAUCUGGGUGUCGUCGGCAUGACAGUGAUAUGAGAAGCCAUGUGCCUGUAUGAUGGGUCCCAGUGAUGUCGUGUAGAUGGAUAAAGCAGCGGUCCAAGCACCGACCCCUGAGGGACCCCAGUGAUCAUGUGGUGAGCCGUGGACAGCGAGCCCCUCCAUGACACCCUGAAGGAUCUGUCGGAGAGGUAGGAUUUGAACCAGCAGAGGGUAGAGCCUGUGAUUCCUAGUGAUGACAGGGUUGCUAGCAGUAUCUGGUGAUUGACAGUGUCAAACGCUGCAGAUAGGUCUAGCAGAAUCCGGACCGAGGAUUUAGAUUCCGCCUUGGCCAGCCGCAGUGCUUCUGUGACCGAUAGCAAUGCCGCCUCAGUGGAGUGGUUUGUUUUGAAGCCAGACUGCUUGUCAUCCAAGUUUUUAAGCCAGACUGCUUGUCAUCCAAGCAUCCAAGUAAGUUCAUGAAAAUGUUAAACACAAAAAUUUCUAUAAAACUCUACAUCAGACGCGAUUUCUUUAAGACUGCAAGUGAAGCUCAGCUUCCCCUAUAAUUGUCAAAAAAUGAAUGGUCAAAUAUAUGUACUAUUAUGUUAACAUUUUAUUGACUAAAAAUGCGUUAAACACGUUCAUCUCGAACGAAAACAAUUUCGUUCAGAAUCAGCUACUUAGGUCGGCUGACUCGAUUUCGUUCUCAUUCAUUCCCGUAGCGUACAGUGCAUUACUCUGUUGAAGCCCAGCGUCCAUUGACUUCAAUGGAGCUGCUUUAAACAGUUUUUUUCAGUGCUUAGAAACAAGACGGUCAUUGGAUAAUGCUGCGAUUAUGUCCCGCCCACGGACGCUCAGCGUCUCUGGGAUGAAUGGAGGAGUGGGCUUGCCUGGACUCCGAGCGUCUGCGUGAUGAUUGGAGGGUCUGUCAUCUCUUUUUAAUACACUUUUAUGUCCUAAAACGCUCGUUUUUUGGGGUCGACAGCUUAUCAAAACGUAUUUCUUUGUUUUUUUUUAGCUUGUGUGCUAUACACAUUGUCACAUAUCAGCUUUCAGACAUUUUUUUUUGUUAUAAAUCAUAAAUGACAAGGAGGCGGCAGCUUCUCGCAAUGCAAAGAGACGGUUGGUGUGGGCGUGGGCGUGGUCUUCAGAUUAUGACGCGUAUCACUCUGUGUCUCCAUUUCCAACUCAGUCCCAUCGCGGAUUUUGCAUGUGUAGUCGAAAGACAAACUGCUGCAACCUUCAUCGUAAAUUUCACACAAUUUCACACCACAUUCAUUGUUUCAGUUUAACAUAAUUCCCCACAUUUCCUCCCGUUGAGUUAAAUAUAUAUAUAUAUUAGAUUGCUUGUUCAUUAAUUCAUAUAGUCUGAACUAGCCAGCUAGCAAACUGCACACGAUGGCAGACAGUGCUAAUAUUGUCGACCUGAUUUUGGCAAAGCCAUUAGAAAGUUUUCCUUACGAGGAGAAACUUAGAAUUAAACAGCAGGGCACAUCAACACCUAAGAAUGAUUUAGUGCAAAAGAUUCUUUUCAGAAAGAAGUCUUUUCAGCUCUCCUGGUAUGACAAAGUUAGCUGGCUGACUGGAAGUGCUGUGAAAAAGAAAAUGUACUGCUGGCCAUGUCUCUUGACAUGGGUUACAGAGCAUUUUCUUGAAAAGGAACGUAGGGCAGAAUUUACAUAUAAAUAAUUGGACAAUUUUUAUGAUUUAGGCCGAAAAUUAGCUUCCCCUCUUUAAAAGAUCAGCAGCCGCCACUGCUCUACAUGCAUGGUAGCUGUUUACAAAAAUGAGAUGAGUUAAUCAAAACAUGUCCUUAUCAAUGUUCCCCCUUAUUUUUCAUGUGUCUGAGCGAAUGUGACCUGACGCCAAUCGACCACAAAAUGGAGCGACUACGCUACCCUGGAUACUUGCCAGGGACAAAAACAAAGAUACUUAUAGCUUAAAGCACACAGGUUCACUUCAGGAAGCGGCAGGAGACACGGUCUAGGGACACACUAGGUCACAUCACACCUCACACUGGUUACACCGGGGUAGACACGCUCACGCACACACACACACACCACGGCACUCGUGGGGAACACCACCACACCAAACUCCGCCCGCCUUCGGCAAUCAGCUCCUGUAAAGAGAUUAGACAUAGACAGGUUUGGCACAAAUUUCGAGGGUACAGGCACCCUACAGGUACAGGGCACUACAGUGAGAUAUAGCAAGUAGGCGCUCUACUUGCCCACAGCAGCUUCACAAAAUAAACAAAAACAAGUAAGAAAAGAAAUAUAAUAGAAUCAAAUUAAAUUAAAUAUGCCACAACAGCAAUUAACCACAAGAAAGCAAAACCCUGAAAACAGUAAUGCCCAUCAGACAAGGCAAAAAUAUGAACACAAAAAAAGAAAAAAAAGAAUUAAAUACAGCAACCGCAACCAACAAUUAAAAUGAAACUAAGAAAAUUAACAAUAAUAUAUGGUAAAGCAACAGCGCCUCCGGAUAACUCUCAUGUAGCUCCUAAAGCGUAAAACCACUCAUUGGUAGAGGCACAGGCCAAUCUGUUGGUAAUGCAAUAAAUGGUUAGGUCGAUUAAACUAACUUAUAAUCCUAAUAAAACUAUCCCAUUACAUACCAUGAAUAAUCUUCCCACCCCCGAUAAGCAACAACAGAUGAAUGUCUGGACGGUUGCGGCUCAUCAACAAUCUGUAGGCGGAGUUCAUGUAAGUCACCAGAAAACCGCAAGAUCAUCAUCAAAUCUAAAUAAAAUGUGUUAGUGACACCUUCCAGUGGCUAACAGGGACGGGGUUUUAAACCACGUACCGUACACAACCGAUCUCGUGACUCCGCGGGUAAGGUAAUCGUGCAAAUGCGCGAGGGACAACUCGUUCAGUAUAUCUGGUACACACACAGCCAACCGCCAAAAUAUUUGUAACGGACACCCAAGCUCAAUUCCAGCUCACUCAAGCUUUCGCCUGUAAACACAAAGCCUGUAUGGUGUUAACCCUGGCACAAUCUUACAUCACCCCACCACCGCCAGUGCAUUUACCUGUAGAGGGGAGACGCCAACCAAAUGUCAGUCACAAGGUUUCUCUUAACGCGCCGUUCUGCAAGGAAUCGCUAACAUAAGCUACCAAAUGCUAUCCAUAACACAGUCAACAUCUCUACAUACCUGUUGGACGACCGGAUGCAACACCGAAGCAAAAGAAAGGGCGGGACUAGUAGAAUCAACACCCCUUUAACACGGGAUAUAUAUACACCCCCAUAUCAACCGAUAGGACAGCUAAUGAUCAGAUCCACCAAUCGGCGCCAUGAAGACGUAUCAGCCCUACCACACAAACACACAAACUCCCUGAGAAUUCCUUGGACCAAUGUGAGCAACAUCAGACGUGCACACUGAUAGAUCUGGAUAGAAACAUACAUUGUUUCUUGUUUAAUUCAUUUUAUUAUUCUAUUUCAUUUAUCACAUUUAUUACAAUAUUCAUCAUAUGUAUUCAUUCAUUUAUUUUAUUAUUCACUUCUAUUCAUAUUAUUUGCUCCUUACUUUCCUGUUGUUUAACCUCAUUGGGAGUUGUAUUGUGUCUUAGGCUGAUAUGAGUAUCCAUUGGUCUCCAUCUCAAGGUCCAUAAUAAUGUCAUGAGACAAUGUUUUGAUACUGUAAUCUUGAAUGGUUAAAAACACAUAUUGAAUCUGUUUCUAGUCAGACGAAGUUUGGCAGAGCUUGACUGAGCAUCAACACACAAUUGAGAUUAUUCAAUAAAUCAUUUGUCUGUCUAUUUAACAUCACUUCGUCUCCUGCCUGCUGUUCUUCCCUUCAGCUCUAUAUCUCCCUGUUGUUUGGGUUAAAGGAUUGACUCACAACGGAGUUGAUAUCUCCAGUUGUAAUUUGUUCCUGACGGAGAGAGAUCUUGUGAAACUGGACUCAAAGUUUGGAUCUAUAAGAUCUACAAGCCAUAUCUCAUAGUUGGAUCUAUCAUAUGGCGUUGUCGGCAGGAUGGAAUGACAGCUGAACAACCGGACUUGUGUACCGUGGUUUAACACUGUGUGUGUUAGGAUUACGGACGAGAGGUACGAAGGGAAACCCUGCAGGUCUUCUCCUCAUCGUGCUGCUGCAACUGGGGCGCGCCUACAGCAGCGUGAGUUGGUUGUUUGUCAACCAAUCAUUUGUCUGUGUAUUUGUGGUGUUGUACACCAAGAGUAAAAUAAGAUUGCAACUAUGCAAUUGUAUGUCAGUAUCAGACGUAAACGUAAUUGGUUCAAGGUUAUGUCAAGGUGUCUUAUUGGAGCAGUAUGGGAUGUUCCGCCCCUCUGUACAACCGGAAAUAGAAAAGAGUCUGUUAGAACGCGUGUGCUCCGGUGGUAGAGAGUAUGGCCACACGUGUUUAACUGCUGUCAAAAAUAAACAUCUUUCUGCUGAAUGUAUUGUCUCUCGCCGUGUUCUAUCCUGUAACCAUUCCCGAGGGACUGUUCCCUAAGACACAACAGAUUGGCGACGAGGAUGGGAUUUUUACGGGAAGGACAGAGUUAUGAGUAACUCCGAUGAGGCCGAAGACAGAGUCAGCACGUUAGAGGACGACUACGGACAGUCAGUAAAAAUGGCUUUUGGUAAGCCCGAGGAUUUCCACUUUGAUGAAAGUGAGGAACAGUUUGACGCCUAUUUAGAAAGGCUAGAACAGUAUUUUGCAGCUAAUGGUUUGAAAGAUACGGAUGAAAAAACGAAGGCAGUUUUCCUAACGAUUGUGGGGAAAAGGACUCACAGUUUGUUGAUGGACUUAUGCACACCCGAAAAACCAUCGCAAAAGACUUGCAACGAGUUGAUCGAGCUGUUAAAGAAUCACUUUAUUCCACGGACAAAUUUUAUUGCGGAAAGGUGCAAAUUUCACGCGAGGAAUCAACAGGAUGGCGAAACAAUCAGUGAGUACGUUGCGCAGCUGAGAAAAUUGUCAGGCACGUGCAAGUUUGGACAGUUUUUAGAUGAAGCCUUACGCGAUAGAUUCGUGUGUGGGGUGAAUAGUGCGGAGCUGAGAGAUCGUCUGUUGAAUGCUGCACAUUCUAAAGAUUUGACCCUGGCACUUGCAAUAGAAAUGGGCCUGGCCUAUGAAGUUACGUGCCGGAGCUCGCAACAGUUCGCGCCAAGGACGUACAAGACACAUGUCGAGGAAAAGAAGGGAUCCGUGAAACAAAAAGACGUGGCAAGACCGUGCUACAGGUGCAACGGAAACGGGCACCAGCCAGAUGCCUGUAGAUUCACAAGAGCACAUGGAAGUUUUGGAAGAAGUGCUAAAACGGUUACAGGCGUAUAACCUUAGAGUCCGAAGAGAUAAAUGUGUGUUUUUUCAAAGCAGUGUCUCUUAUUUGGGGCAUAUCAUUGAUGCAGAGGGGAUUCACCCCAUGAAAGAAAAAACAGACGCAAUAGAAAAAGCGGCUGUUCCAAAAAAUGUGACAGAACUCAGAUCUUUCUUAGCUCUGUUAAAUUACUAUGGCAAAUUCAUUGCUAAUCUUUCCACCCUCAUUCAGCCCAUGACAGAGCUUUUGCAUAAAGAUGUGCCCUGGGUGUGGUCGGACAAAUGUCAGGCAGCGUUUCUGAGUGCAAAACGGCACUUGAUGUCAAAUACGGUACUAGUUCAUUUCGAUGCUGAGCUACCGUUAGUUUUAGCAUGCGAUGCAUCUCCUGUAGGAGUCGGUGCAGUAAUCUCACACCGAAUGAGAGACGGUAGUGAAAGACCUAUCGCUUUCGCUUCUAGAAUGUUGACCAAAACUGAACGAAAUUACGCUCAAAUAGAAAAAGAGGCUUUAGGGCUGGUAUUUGGGGUAAUGAAGUUCCAUGAUUAUUUGUUUGGUAGACAGUUUACAUUAAUAACUGACCAUAAGCCACUGCUAAAAAUUUUAGGACCCAAAACAGGGGUGCCUACACUUGCAGCUGCUAGGAUGCAGAGAUGGUCAUUAAUUUUGUCUGCGUACAGAUACGAAAUUCAGUACAAAAGAUCAGAACAGCAUGGGAAUGCUGAUGCGCUAUCGAGACUUCCCAUACAAGAUGUUGAUUCGGUCAGAUCCGGUGGAGUGUUUAAAGUGUCAUACCUUGAUGACUUACCAGUCACAGCAACAGAAAUUGCACAAGAAACAGAAAUGGACUCUGUACUUACACAGGUCAAGGAACAUGUGAUGCGUGGUUGGCCAAAGCAUUGUCCUGAUGACAUGUUCAAACCAUAUUUUUCGAAGAGAUUUGAGCUUUCUGUUGAACAGGGAUGUCUUCUUUGGGGCUAUCGGGUACUUAUACCUAAAACAUUACAGGGUAGACUUUUGGCAGAACUGCAUGAUAAUCAUUGGGGUAUGGUUAAGAUGAAAUCACUGGCCCGAAGUUUUGUUUGGUGGCCCUCACUUGAUGUAAACAUUGAGGUGUUAGUGAGUCAAUGUGAUGUGUGUCAGCAACAGAGAAGUAUGCCUGCCCCUGUCCCUGUACACACAUGGAAAUGGUCUUCUGCACCAUGGGAGAGAAUUCACUUAGAUUUUGCUGAGUAUCAACAGCAAAUGUUUUUAGUGGUAAUGGAUGCGUACGCUAGAUGGCCUGAAAUUUUUCCUAUGCAAACCUGUACUUCUACAAAAACAAUUGAUGUGUUAAGAAAUUUGUUUGCUGCGUACGGUCUUGCUAGAGAAGUAGUAACGGACAAUGGGCCCCAAUUUACUUCUGUAGAAUUUGAGGAAUUCUUGUUGCUUAAUGGGGUAAAACACACUAAAUCGCCUGCUUACCAUCCUGCCUCUAAUGGCUUAGCUGAGAGGUUGGUGCAGAACCUUAAACGAGCACUUGCAAAGAACAAAGCAGGAGGUGGUAAAUCAUUGCAGCACUGCGUAGCUAAUUUUCUGUACGGCUACCGCAAUACGCCUCAUACUGCUACUCACAAGACACCUGCGGAAUUAUUUCUAAAAAGGUCAGUUCGAACCAGAUUGUCUCUGUAUAACCUGAGAGAACUCUGGCUUGACCAGUGUGAUCCAUAUAAAACCACUUACAAGCCCGGUAAAGUGACGGUUGGUCAAGCGGUUUUGGUGAAAAAUUACAGUGGAGGGGAAAAAUGGUUAAAGGGCACAAUUUCAAAAGUAUUGGGUCCAGUAACUUAUAUGGUGGAUGUAAAUGGAAACUGUGUUAAACGACAUGUUAAUCAGAUGUUGAGUAGCACAUUUAUGUUUAACAGUGAGGUUGUUGAACCACACCUGGUUCAGGACAGAGGACACUGGAACCCUGAGGAAAUUGAAAUGGACAUUGCAAAGGACAAUGAAACUGUUAAUUCAACAAGAACGGAGACUGCAUUGUUAAGCGAUAAGGCAAAAGGAUCAUCGUCUACUUCAGUAGAAGUCACUGAAAGACUGUCUGAACAAACCCGUCCUGUGCGUAGCAGGCGUGCUCCACAGAGGUUGAAUUUAUAAAAAAAAUAACCUGUUCAGAAAUUGUAUAUAACAUACAUAAAGGUAAUCUGUGUUUGUUAUACAAUGUGGUUAAAGUGUUAAGGAUAUGUUUUAUGUUUAGGUGAAGAAAUAAGCUUACAGGGGAGGAGCUGUGGUGUUGUACACCAAGAGUAAAAUAAGAUUGCAACUAUGCAAUUGUAUGUCAGUAUCAGACGUAAACGUAAUUGGUUCAAGGUUAUGUCAAGGUGUCUUAUUGGAGCAGUAUGGGAUGUUCCGCCCCUCUGUACAACCGGAAAUAAAAAAGAGUCUGUUAGAACGCGUGUGCUCCGGUGGUAGAGCGUAU